AUGGCUUUCCUGACUGGUACCGUUUGGGUAAUUCUUCUCGGUGUGGUGACUUACCACACCACAGUUGCAGAUCAGUGCGUGCGGGAUUCCUUCUACGCCUCCACCCAAGCCUGCGGGCGGCCCUGCGUGAAGGACGGGGAGUGUGACGGGGACUACCGCUGUCUGUGCGAUCACAAGUGCGGGCGGACAUGUGUAGACUAUGGAGGAACCCGUUGUUAUCCCCCAGCGUUCCCCCAACACGGGUUUGUACGGCUGAUGACUACGGGCUUCCUGCCGUUUGACGCGCUGGACCAGAUGGGGGCUCAGGCCAUCUACGGGUGUAUCGGAGACUACGUGCUGAUCGGGGCGAUGACGAGGGUGUGCAUGGGGAGCGGGAGAUGGAGCGGCGACGAGCCGGUCUGCUACGGACCUGUUUCUGAUGCCGACUGGUAUGGUGUCUGUGGGCCUGUGCCAGCCUUGUCCCACGCGCAGCACCAUGCCGAUAACGUCACGGUGGGCAGCGCGGCGCAGUACGUGUGUGACGAGGGUUACUAUCAUCUCGGGCACGUCACAACCGUCAGCUGUCAGCUCAACGGGGAAUGGAGCGCCCCUCAGACAGCAUGCAAACGUGUGUUGUGUGAAAGUCUGUCGGCACCGCUGCAUGGACAGUUACACGGCUUGGACUUCCGCUACGGCACUGAGAUUCUCCACACAUGUGAUGACGGCUACUUCCUGGUGGGGGCAGCGAGCCGCACUUGUCAGGCGGACGGGGCGUGGAGCGGGGCGCCCCCGCAGUGCCAGGCUGUAGACUGCGGACAGCCGCCGGCUAUACCACACGGUCACUGGCUGGGAGACAACUUCACGUACAGCCACGCGGUGGAGUUCUACUGUGAGGAGGGAUUCGCGCUGGUGGACGGGACAGCAGACAGCAGCUGUGGCAGUGACGGGAGGUGGAGCGGACAGCACCCCAGGUGUAAAGCUGUGGACUGUGGAGACCCGGGGUUCCCCCCUCACAGUACCCGCAGAAUGGACGGUUCCGGCGGGACAGGUUACAACACUACCGUGUCCUACAGCUGUGAGGAGGGGUACCAGCUGUUCGGUUCUGCCACAAGGACCUGUACUAUGGAGGGUGUCUGGGACGGACAGCAUCCAGAAUGUCACAAAUCCUGUGAAGGCUGGCCUCCAGUGGUGGCCAACGCCGAGAGAGAAUUGCCGGAGAAGGCUGUUCACCUGGCGACAGUGACGUACAUCUGUGAGAAGAACUACCGGAUGGAGGGGCCGGACAAGGUGCGAUGUCUGAACGGCGUGUGGCAGACCAGACUGCCCGUGUGCGUGACGACAGCGUGUACCGUCAACCAGAACUCACCUUGUGCGAACGAGUUUCCGUACAGUCACGUGCAUAAAGUCAAGGUGUGGCCGACAGUAGCCAUCAGCCAGGUGGUGUGGGCUCGGCAGGGUCAGGAUCUCCAGCUAGACUGUAUCAACACCUUACCCAGCUACUACGACCCGCGGUGGAAGAUGUCGGGCAGAGCGACCAUCCGGCACACACAGAGGCGGGUUGGACAGACGCUGUGGCAGCGACUGUACAUGACAGCCUUACGGACAGACGACACGGGACUGUACCUCUGUGAGACAUUCGAUGGAUCCAGUAACGCAAUCUAUGUCAACGUUCAGGUGACCUGUCCCGUGUUAGACGUACAGGAGCACGCCACAUCGAGUGGAAGCGACCAUCGGAAUGGUGACGUUGUUUCUUUCUCCUGCGAAGAAGGAUAUUUUCUCACAGGACCGGUCAGCAUAGAAUGUCAACAUGGCGCCUGGUCAGCCCAGCCUCCUACCUGCGUUAAAAAGACAUGUGAGGGGAGUCGUCUUCAGGACCCGGCUGAUGGCUACAGCACCGUCCAGGAGCUGCGAGCAUCGGACACGUUAGUCCAGACGUUCUACUGCGACGUCGGGUACGAGCUGCACGGGACCGGACAGAUCACCUGUGCCGAGGGGAACUGGUACGGGGGCGCCCCCGUCUGCCUACCUCGACUGGACAAGAUGACACUGCGGACAGACCUGAGUAUUGUCCGGAGGACGGUGCAGGUGAGGGAAGGUACGGAGAACGUGUCUGUGGAGUGCAGAAUGACGCAGGAAGCGGCAGUCAGUAACACAUCGGCCGGACCCUUCACUAUAGACGGCAGGGAGAUUCCGAACAGUGUUCAGUACCCGCUGGGCGACGGUAGGCACGGCUGGAAGGUAGUCAUCAGACAGGUGUCAGCUGCAAACCAUAGCGGGAGACUUCAGUGUGAGGAGAGACCCGGGAAGACUGAGUACAUCAACCUUCACAUCAUCGCGUCCUGUUCUGGCCGGUUCCGGACCCCCGUGCACGGUUCCUGCCAGGCCAGCCCUGACUGUGACGUGCUGUAUGAGGGGGACACGGCCGUGUACGGUUGCUACCCGGGGUACGUGCUUGUCGGACAACAUGUCCACACCUGCACGGCAAACGGCUGGGACGCUGAACCCAUACAGUGCGUGCCGGAGUUGACUUUCCAGCUGCAGCACGGCCUGAGGCCGCAUGUAGACGGAGACGUGAUAGAGGUGUACACUGGAGCGGACCUGGUGUUGGACUGUACACUGACGUCUGAGGGGAACCUGCGCAUCCUGGAACUCUCAUGGAGGUGGCAACCAUGGAACAGCCAAGCCAGCUCUAGCAACCACAGCACCUCGAUGGGCUUUUUUGAUCAGUACUUCGUGGAUGACGGGAAUCAAAAGCGUCUGUUCCUCCCGUCCAUCUCCAAACAGCACGCCGGGAACUACACCUGCCAGGCAGGCAGCCCGGACCACCAGGGGGUCGCUGUGGAGGUGCGGGUUCUCAAUUCGUGCAGCCGGCUUCUGCCGCCUCAAAACGGGACUGUGACGAGCUGGAGUCACACGGUGGGGAGUCAGGUGACCUACUCGUGCCAUGAGCAGUACCGACUGGUGGGGAACAGCACCAGACAGUGUCAGGCCACAGGAGAAUGGACAGGAGAACAGCCAACUUGUCAAGUGUACAGGUGCAGUGAGGUGAGUGCCCCUGCACACGGCGGGAUGACUCCUACGUCUUUCCUGCUGGGGACCGAAGUCUCAUUCUGGUGUGAGAACGGUUAUAACCUCAGCUCAGACGCGGACCUGGUGUGUAAAGAUGACGGUACCUGGAGCAGCAAUGUUCCGGACUGUAUCAGUCACUGUGAAAAUCACGCCUGUGGGAAAGGGGAGAAAUGUGUUCUUGAUGACGGGACGCCGACCUGUGUCUGUAAGACAGCUGCAGACUGCUCGGUGGGACCAGAACCAGUCUGUGGCUCAGACGCGGAGUCGUAUGGAAAUGAAUGUCAGAUGGAAGUCACAUCCUGCUCAACGGGUCAGGACAUCGGAGUGGUUCAUACAGGCUUCUGUGAAAAAGCCGGUCUAUGCUAUGAUACACCAGUAGCCGUUCCAGAUGAUGACCUGACACAAUGCACCCAUCAGUACUACAUGGACAAUGAUAAAGCCAGCUGCGAGCUCGUUCCUGCUGGACUGUGCAUGACAGGACCUCAGGGGUUUGACUCUCAGGACCAGUGUGAUGCUGCCUGUGACGCAUCUGUAGUGUGCAGCCUGCCUACUGCAGUCCCUGGAAACUGCAGUCUCGGUCUUGCCCGCUGGACCUACCAUCCCGACAGUGGGGAAUGUCUACCGUUCGUCUACACGGGUUGUGGGGGCAACGAAAACAACUUCCUGUCCAGGGAUCAGUGUCUACAGACGUGCCCAGUGCGCUGCCCGACAUGUGAAACAGUGAUGCAGCUAAACACAGCUUGUCGUUUUUCCACCCUCCUCGGAUCACACGCUCUGAAGACCAAAGUCUUGGAGGUUGCUGCAGACGAGUCUUGGGUGACCCUGAGUGUUGAGGAAAGCCUUCAUUUGCCGAUCUCCGAGCUGCCAGCAGGUAACCUGAUUGUCCCGGUGAUGUCCUCACAAGGCCCGUGUGGAUGUCACCCUCCCCGUCUCCUGCCACUGGACUCGUCUUACCUCAUCAUCUUCACCUACCAGCUGCUAGUGGUGGACGAAACCACGUAUGUGGAGGUGUGGGACAGUGAGGUUGAACAGCAGCUCAACAGCUUAACCAACUGUGUUGAUAUGAAAUCUAACCCUGGGACAGAAGUGGUGGAGACACACAUGAAGUUUACUCCAGGGCAGAAGUAGUGUACUGGUACAGGACGUCUACUCCUGGACAGGAAUGUUACAGUUACACAAGAAGUCUUUUCCUGGACAGUUUUAGUGUAUGGACCCAAGAAGUCUACUCCUGGACAUUAGUAGUGUAGUAACACAGGACGUCUACUUCUGGACAGGAAUAUUACAGUUACACAGGAAUAUUACAGUUAAGAAGUCUACGCCUACCUGUACAGUAGUAGCAAAAGAAGUGAACUCCACGACAGGAGUGGGGUAAUGACAUAAGACGUCUACUCCCGGACAGUAGUAAUGCACAGAAUAACAGAUCAGGAUCAAGCCUAAUCCGGGACAGUAGUAGUGCAGUAACACAAGAAGUCUACUUCUGAAUAGUGGUAGUGCAGUAACACAGGAACUUUAUUCCUGGACAGUAGCAGUGUAGCAACACAAAAAGUCUACUCCUGGACGGUAGUAGUUGAAUAACAAGAGAUGGACUCCUGGAUAGUAGUAAUGCAGCAACACAAGAAGUCUACUCUUGAACUCGUAUGGGGUUAGUGUUGAUGAGUUUCUACUGCAGUAGUGUGGUAAAACAUAAAAACCUGUAAAAUUGUGCAUCAAAUAUUACGGAUAACGAAAUAUGUUUUAUUUCAGCGGGUGUUUAGUUUUCCGCUGGCAAAGAAAUAUGUCAAAUAUUAUGACUAACGAAAUAAUUCUAUUUCAAACUACCCAUUCUUUGAUUACAAGAGAAGUCAGGUGUUGUAAUAAAAGAAGCUACCAAAUUUUCCACGUCUUCUGAAACAUACUGUUUUCCUCGUAACAACACUGACCCACAUUACAGAGUAAUGUUUUAGGUCUUACACUGCCAAAAAGAAGCCGAAGAGAAAACAUAUUAAAGAAAUCAGAAUUAGCAUUUAAAUUAUGAUGAACUAGA